AACGUUACGGAUGCACCGAAUAACACAACAUUACUCUGUAAGGGCGACUCAAUUUUAGUUGGAUUAGUAUGGGAACACAAGAGAAUUACGUCAUCACGUUGGUUGUUCUGCUGGCUUACACGUGUUGCACCUCAUCCUCCACCGUGCACAGAAAUGAUUUUACAAAAACAACUAUACCACCACCAACAACAGUCCCUCCUGGCUGUUUCUACCACAACAAAUAUUAUCCACCCGGAUCACUUAUUGAGAACGGUUAUGAUCCCAGCACCAACUGGUGUUACGGUACUCACUGCGACAUGAACGGGCAGCUGCAGAACUGGGAUGACUUUAACUGCAGGACAACACCGCCUACAACCAUUCCACCGACCACAAUACCAGGCUGCCUAUAUAACGGGAAGUACUAUUCUCUCGGUUCAACCAUCGAUAAAGGAUACGAUCCGGAUUCAAACUGGUGUUAUGGUACAUACUGUGACACGAACGGGCAGAUUCUACACGGAGACGACUUCAAUUGCGUCAAAACAACAACCGGGGCACCCACAACUACACUUGGCCCUCCACAAGUUGGCUGAUGUUUACAUUUAAACACUACAGAACUAUGUGUUACUGCAAUCAUUAUUUUUCAUUGUAAUCAAUAAAAACAAAAUAAAAACGUGAACUUAUU